UCAUCGCACCUGUUUUGCAAUUUGGGGAUUUUCCGAUUUUCCGAGCUAGUGCAAGGUGGAUCAAGAUUUUAUGUGGAGAUCAGCUCCGAUGUUCGGUCCACGCAUUUCUCGCGUUCUCUUCCUACUCUUGCUUUCUCUUCUGCUAUUAGAGAAUACGUCAAAUGGGGCUCCACUCGGUAAUCAUAACAGCGGUAAAUCACCGUCGUCUGUUUUUUCCUUGUUCAACCUCAAGGAGAAAAGUCGUUUCUGGAGUGAGUCUGUAAUGCGAACUGGUUUUGAUGAUUUGGAAUCAUCUAACCCGAGCAAAUUUGAUCCCUCCAACUUCACCAAGGCAGGAAAUAUUGCAAAUUAUCUCAAGCUUUUGGAAGUUCACUCAAUCUACCUUCCCGUGCCUGUGAACUUUGUUUUCAUUGGAUUUGAAGGCAAUGGGAACCAAGAUUUUAAGCUAAAUCCAGAAGAAUUAGAGCGAUGGUUCACAAAAAUUGAUCAUAUAUUUGAACACACUAGAAUUCCAAAAAUUGGAGAAAUUCUUACACCGUUUUACAAGAUUAACAUUGAUCACGAGCAACGUCACCAUCUUCCACUAGUCAGUCACAUAAAUUACAACUUUUCUGUUCAUGCCAUCCAGAUGGGCGAAAAAGUCACAUCUAUAUUUGAACGUGCAAUCGAUGUCCUUGGGCGCAGGGAUAACGUAUCCAAUACCAGGGACGAUCCUGCAGGUCUUUGGCAAGUUGAUAUUGAUAUGAUCAGUGUUGUCAUCAACAGCCUUGUGGAAUAUUUAGAACUGGAAGGUGCAUAUAACAUCUUUAUUUUGAACCCAAAUCAUGAUGCAAAAAGACCUAAAUAUGGCUAUCGGAGAGGCUUGUCUGAGUCUGAAAUAAACUUUCUUAAGGAGAAUAAGACCUUGCAGACAAAGAUUCUUCAGUCUGGAAAAAAUCCAGAGAGUGUUCUUGCGCUUGAGAAAAUCAAAAGACCUUUGUAUGAAAAGCAUCCAAUGGCAAAGUUUUCCUGGACUGUAAUGGAAGAGACUGAUACGAUAGACUGGUAUAACAGAUGCCUUGACACAUUGAACAAUGCUGAGAUGCUACAUCAAGGGAAAGACACAGCUCAUGUGAUACAGAGCAAAGUUAUGCAGUUUUUGGAAGGGAAAAAUGAAAAUCUGAAGCUUGUUACUAAGAAAGAUUUAGAGUCUGGAAACUUAGAUGGUUUUCAUGCUGAAUGUCUCACAGAUACGUGGAUAGGAAAUCAAAGGUGGGCGUUCAUCGACUUGUCUGCUGGACCUUUUUCUUGGGGACCUUCGGUUGGUGGAGAAGGAGUGCGUACAGAACAAAGCCUGCCAAAUGUGGAGAAAACAAUUGGUGCAGUUGCAGAGAUAUCAGAAGAUGAAGCUGAAGAUCGCUUGCAAGAGGCAAUUCAGGAGAAGUUUGCGGUGUUUGGUGAAAAAGAUCAUCAUGCCGUUGAUAUCCUUCUAGCUGAGAUAGACAUAUACGAGCUCUUUGCUUUCAAACAUUGCAAGGGAAGAAAGAUCAAACUUUCACUUUGUGAAGAGCUUGACGAACGCAUGGAUGAUUUGAAAAAUGAGCUCCAGUCUUUUGAGGGUGAGGAAUAUGAUGAAAGUCAUAGAAAAAAAGCCAUAGACGCAUUGAAACGCAUGGAGAGCUGGAAUUUGUUCAGUGAUACUAAUGAGGAAUUCCAGAACUACACUGUUGCACGUGACACUUUCCUUUCACAUCUAGGGGCAACACUCUGGGGUUCGUUGAGGCACAUUAUUUCUCCCUCCCUUGCAGAGGGUGCAUUCCACUAUUAUGAAAAAAUCUCUUUUCAAUUGUUUUUUGUCACACAAGAGAAAGUAAGACAUGUUAAGCAGUUACCUGUUGAUCUGGAAAGUCUAAAACAUAGGCUUUCCUCUCUAGUGUUACCUUCUCAGCAAGUUCACUUCAGCGAACACAUGUUACCACUUUCUGAAGAUCCUGCUUUGGCAAUGGCAUUUUCAGUGGCUAGGAGAGCAGCUGCUGUUCCUCUGUUACUUGUGAAUGGAACUUUCAGAAAGACAGUUCGUUCAUAUCUUGAUUCUUCUAUUCUUCAGCAUCAGUUACAGAGGCUACAUGGUCAUGCUUCCUUGAAAGGUUCGCAUGCACAAAGCAGGUCUACACUGGAAAUCCCCAUCUUUUGGUUCAUUCACAAUGAGGGUUUGUUAGUCGACAAGCAUUAUCAGGCCAGAGCACUCUCUGACAUGGUAAUUGUUGUCCAAUCGGAGCCAUCAUCCUGGGAAAGCCAUCUGCAGUGCAAUGGACAGUCACUUUUGUGGGACUUGAGGAAGCCUACAAAAGCUGCUCUGGCUGCUGUCUCUGAACAUCUGGCUGGGGUGCUUCCACUUCAUCUAGUUUACAGUCAAGCCCAUGAAGCUGCAAUUGAGGACUGGACAUGGUCAGUGGGUUGUAACCCAUUUUCUGUUACCUCCGGAGAUGGGCAUAUUUCCCAGUUCCAGUCUGAUACCAUUGCUAGGAGCUAUAUACUCACAACUCUUGAGGAGUCAAUACAACUUGUGAAUUCAGCAAUCAAUCUUCUUUUGAUGGAGCGUACAUCAGAACACACUUUCAAGCUCUUCCUUUCCCAGGAGCGUGAGUUGCUGAACAAGUAUAAUUAUGUCAUCAGUCUGUGGAGAAGAAUUUCGACUGUAACUGGGGAACUACGUUAUGCGGAUGCCCUGAGACUGCUUCACACUCUAGAGGAUGCAACAAAAGGAUUUGCUGAUUACACAAAUGCGACUGUUGCAAGUCUCCAUCCAAUUCACUGCACCAGGCAGAGGAAAGUGGAAGUCGAGUUUGACAUGACUACAAUUCCUGCCUUUGGGGUUGUUGGCCUUGUACUGUGGUUUGUAUUAAAGCCGAGGAGACCAAAGCCGAAGAUCAACUGAGACGGAAUCGUUCUGCAACGAUACAUAGGGUUGAUUUCCAUUUGAGGAUGUCUUGUUAUAGAUGCUGAGAAACCAAGGGUAGGCGUAGACAAUUGUCAAAAGAACGAGCUUUAGUAUCUCAAAUUUUAAAUAUUGUACAAGCAUUUUUUCUAAACAAUAUUUUGAAGAGCUGUAAACCAUUGGAGGCGUUUAGUCGACUAUAGUGUUUGUGUUGAA